AUGGCGGCGACUGAAAACAAUGUGGAGCUGAAGCGAAAAGCUGAAGAUGAGCAACCUGCAGAUGGAAGCCAAGAAGAAGAGGAAGAAUGGGUUGGACCUAUGCCAAGCGAGGCUACAAAGACCAAGAAAAGGAAAGUUUUGGAGUUUGAACGUGUUUACCUGGACAACCUCCCAUCAGCUGCUAUGUAUGAACGGAGCUACAUGCACAGAGAUGUUAUUACACAGCUAGUUUGUUCUAAGACGGACUUCAUUAUCACGGCCAGUCAGGAUGGACAUGUCAAGUUUUGGAAGAAGAAGGAGGAUCAGGGAAUAGAGUUUGUCAAACACUUUCGAUGUCACCUGAGUGUGAUAGAAAGCAUUGCAGUGAGUGCUGAAGGAGCCCUUCUCUGUUCUGUUGGAGACGAUCAGGCCAUGAAAGUAUUCGAUGUUGUCAACUUUGACAUGAUCAACAUGCUGAAGUUGGGCUUUCAUCCAGGUCAGAGCGAGUGGAUCUACAACCCCGGCGAUGCAAUCUCCACAGUAGCCUGCUCAGAAAAAUCAACAGGCAAGAUCUUCGUCUAUGACGGGCGAGGGAGCAACGAGCCCCUCCACGUCUUCGACAAGAUGCACUCCUCACCGCUGUCCCAAAUCCGCCUCAAUGUCAAAUUCAGAGUCAUCGUCUCGGCCGACAAAGCGGGAAUGCUGGAAUACUGGACCGGCCUCCCGAGUGAAUUCAAGUUCCCCAAACGCAUACAGUGGGAAUAUAAAACAGACACAGACUUGUAUGAAUUCGCAAAACACAAAACCUAUCCCACCAGCCUGACGUUUUCAUCUGACGGGAUUAAAAUGGCGACCAUCGCCUCCGACAGGAAAGUCAGGAUCUUCCGCUUCUUAACAGGAAAACUGAUGAGGGUGUUUGAUGAAUCAUUAACAAUGUUCACAGAGCUGCAGCAGAUGAGGCAGCAGCUGCCUGACAUGGAGUUUGGGAGGCGGAUGGCUGUGGAGAGAGAACUGGAGAAGGUGGACGGCAUCCGUUUGACUAACAUCAUCUUUGACGAGACCGGACAUUUUGUCCUGUAUGGAACCAUGCUGGGCAUCAAGGUCAUCAAUGUGGAGACCAACAGAUGCGUGCGGAUCCUCGGGAAGCUGGAGAACAUCCGCGUGGUGCAGCUCGGUCUCUUCCAGGGAGUCGCCAAGGCCAUGCAGGUGGCCCCCACCGUGGAGAUGAAGGCGUCUGACAACCCCGCCCUACAGAACGUGGAGGCGGACCCCACCAUAUUCUGCACCGCCUUCAAGAAGAACCGCUUCUACAUGUUCUCCAAGCGGGAACCGGAGGAUACAAAGAGCGCAGACUCAGACAGAGAUAUCUUUAACGAGAAGCCUUCGAAGGAGGAGGUGAUGGCCGCCACGCAGGCUGAGGGCCCCAAGAGAGUGUCUGACAGCGCCAUCAUACACACCACCAUGGGAGACAUCCACAUCAAGCUCUUCCCUGUAGAAUGCCCAAAAACGGUGGAGAACUUCUGCGUUCACAGCAGGAACGGAUACUACAAUGGCCACAUAUUCCACAGAGUCAUUAAGGGUUUUAUGAUUCAGACCGGAGACCCGACCGGUACGGGCAUGGGAGGCGAGAGCAUCUGGGGAGGAGAGUUUGAGGACGAGUUUCACGCCACGCUGAGACACGAUCGCCCGUACACGCUCAGUAUGGCCAACGGCGGCCCCGGCACCAACGGCUCACAGUUCUUUAUGACUGUUGUUCCCACUCCUUGGCUCGACAACAAGCACACUGUAUUUGGAAGGUCUGCUAAAGGCAUGGAAGUCGUCCAGAGGAUCUCCAACGUCAAAGUCAACCCCAAGACCGACAAACCGUACGAAGACAUCAGCAUUAUCAACAUCACCAUCAAGUGAUUUUAUAAUAAGUCUUUUAUCAUGUACUGUACAGCCUUGAUUGAUUUUUUUACCAGAAACUAUUAAAGAAAGAUGUCAGUGUAAUUGUUUAAGAAUGAUUUGUUGAAAGGAAAAAAAAUGAGACAAAUAAGGUCAAUUAGUUUAUUUUACAGCAUCACAUUAUGAAUAAUUUACAAAAAGCCAUUAUCAAGUCCACUGGUAACAAAGGUUUCGAGGAGCGUUUUGUGCUUCUACGUUUUCAAAAAACAGAUGGAAAUGUUCUCAAACUACACAGAAAGGCUUUUUUUUUUUCUUCCACACGUGCAUUUUCUUUUUAUUAAUUUUUUUUAAUUUGUAUUUUAUUGUUUUUAUACAUAGAUACAAGUAGUAAACAUUACAUAGCAAUGAAUAAAGAUUAAAUCAAACUCAAAAAAAACGAUGGUUCCUUGAUAGAACAAGACGAGUGUCAGUGUUUUAGGUUUUUAAUGUUUCACUAAAGUUUUCACAUUACGGUUAUUUGUUUUUUUACUGAAGGCUUGUGGAUAUUACAGAAAGGUUUGUACCAACUCAUGAGCACUCCAGACAAGAUAAACAGGACUUUGUGAUGUGUUUAAAUAUGUUGGGUUUAUUUUUUUUUAUUUUUUUUUUUACACAAGGUUUUUUUCUUCCUUCUUUUUCUUCCUUUUUUUUGUUGUUGCAGUGAGGUUAAUAAUAAUAAUACUACUAAGAAACAGCAGAUCAGUUCAUUUGCUUUUUCCAAAAGAAAACUGGUAGUGAGGCAGCAGCAGCAGCAGACGAGGGCGUUUGACGAUAUUUCUGCGUGCGAGACACUCCACCCAAAAAAAAAAAAAAAAAAAAGACGGGAGGCAGAAUCGGUGCAUUUCCAUUUAAAAAAAAAAAAAAAGAAAGUUAGUCACGACAGCCUCGUAUCAAAGGUAACGUCCACGUUCCCGCUCAUAAAUAAAUUCAGUAAACACUUCUUAUUUUUUUUUGUGUUUGUUCGUUCUGUAACAGGAAGAAAAAAAAACAUACUACAUUCAAAAAAAAAAAAAAAAAGUUACACCGGUGCGCCAUUUUCAAGACCAGCUGUGGCAUUAAAUAAGUUGUUAAACAUAAAAAAUAAAAACACACAUAUAUAUAUUUUAUUAGUUGUUUUUUUUUUAAGACUUCCGCCCCUCCCAUGUAACAACUGCUAUUGCUUUUAUAUUAUAUUAGUCAAGGCAAAUUGAUCUGAAAUCUGAAACUGAGCCUCUAGCUUUCCUUUUAAUAACCUUAUAAUCUCACUUCACCUGUAAAUAUACUGAGCUUUAAAUAAUAAAAAAAAGAGGAAAUUGUAAGUUAAAUGUGUCGUCCAAGCCUACUGAAUCAACAGAGGGUGCGUAAAUGAUGCUAUUAUUAUUAUUAUUAUUAUUAUUACAAUACAGACUACCUCGCAUUCAGUUAAGAUAACGGACACACGUGAGGGAGGAGGCAGUUAUGAUGAGUAACGUGUGAGAUAGAAAGAAAAAGCACACCAGGAGUUUUUUUGUUUUUAACUUAAUUGGAGCUAAAUCAACUAGCUACAAAAAGGUGUCAAAAUAAAAGCGCUAGUCUCCUGAGAGAGUUAAAAAACAAAAGAGACGCUAAAGUAAGCCGUGUGUUGUUAUUAGAUUGUGUUUUUGCUGCCUUAAAAAGACACAAAAAAAAGCAGGAUGGGUGUUUUUAUAUUUUAGUUUCCCACUUGAGUGAAGCAAGAGAGAGAAAGUAUUUACACCUUCGCUAACAAUGGUGCACAAAAAGAAGGAAAGAUGAUGAUGAGGAGGAGGAAGAGGAGGAAGGUUGGCUCUACGUUGAUGUUUUG